AUGGUGCGCCUCGUCACCACCACACCUAUCCUCUCCGCCCUCGAGGCCAUCCCUCCAUCGUCACGAGAAGACCUCGACCUCCCCGAAUCCCUAUCACUAGGGAACCCGGUAUCUCACGACCAGAUAAUCCAAAUAUCUCGCUAUUUCCGAGAAACUCGCAGCUCCCAAAAUGGCAACAACCGGAGCCUCGAUUCCCUCCUCCGCGGGACAAAGCUAUACAUCCCUCCACCACCUCCAAAACCAAAACCCAGCCCCGAAUACCUAGCCCAAAAAGCCCGCCUCCUUGCCGCCGCCGAAUCAGACGCCUAUGCACGCAUGCUCUCCCAACCAUCCACAGCUUCAAAUCCAUUAAACACAUUAUCAUCAUCGUCAUCACCAUCACCCGCAAUCUUUAACUCAACAACAUCCAAGCUCGCCGCCUUACACGACUCCCACUCCGCCACCCAGGAGGACCCCAACUACACAGACCCGCUCACGCCCUCGCUCGUCCUAAACAUCUUCCUCUCCGUGCUUAUAACCGGCUUCAGCGUCUACUGGGCAUUAACAUUCCAAAUGCCAGAUAUACUUGUGUCGAAGAUAUCGUCGACGUGGAGGUCUUCGAGACAGGUUUCCCAUAGUGGUGGCGGGGGAGGUGGUGCAUCGGAUGCAGUCCGUGUGCUGGUUUCGAUAUUUGCCGCGCUGGGGGUGGGCAUUGCGGAGGUGUUUAUUUAUGCGAUUUAUCUGGGGAAGAUCGAGCAGGCGAGGGGGAAGGAGGGACGGCUUCGAGAACGGAAGGAGGUUAUCGGGCAGGAGGAAGUUGGGGGGCGGGAUUCUCGAGAAGAGCGAGAUCAGGCUCUCCCUCUUCCUGUUGGGACGGAGAGUGGUGACGAUGAGAAGGAUAAGGAUGUUAUAUGGGGACGAGGGCCGAAUGGGGGGUUGCGAAGGAGAGUACGCGAGAAGUGGGAAGAGGAGACGACGAAAGAGAAGGAGCAGGAGCAGGAGCAGGAUCAAAACCAGGACCAUGAGAAGGCCGGGUGA